UUCUCCUUUUCCUGAGGCGUUGGCAGGCGCACGUGAAUUUUCAGCAAUGGGCAUCGAAGUGGAGCGCGUUGUGCACGACAGAGCAUUGCUGGACAUUGUGGAGCUUGUGUGCCCAAUAUGCGAGAAUCUGUUGUCUCAUGAAGAUACUGUGGAGACCCCUUGUGGCCAUCUGUUCUGCAGUUCGUGUGUGGCGCCCUUCGUCAGAUCUCAUUCGGAAUGCCCUCAGGACCGCAGUCUGGUGCGAAUGACAGACCUUAAGCCUGUAAAAGAGUCGAAUGCGUACAUAUAUCGCUUGUUGGGCCGAUCGCUUGUGCGCUGUGCUAGACACGGUGAUGGAUGCAAGUGGAUUGGAGAGCUCUCUGAAGCAGCUUCACAUUCAUCACAGUGUUGCAUCACGACAGGGCAGCGGUUGGCCAUGCCGGGCAGCAGCAGCAGCAGAGAAUCGCCGGUCUCUCUCCUCUCUCAUCGGGGGAAGGAAAGGGGUGAGGAUAUUUGCUCCAGCUGUGAUGAGAAGAACUUUGAGAUUGGGAUGCUGCGGUCCGAGGUGGACCAGAAGAUAAUGGAGAAUGGCGAGUUGAUGCUGAAGCUCUCCGAAAGUUUGAAGGAGAAUGAGGAGAACUGCAAGCACAGGUUGGAAAUGCGGCAGCAAAUAGAGAAACUUAAACGGGCAUGUAGUUGCAGUAGUCAACAAAUGGACGCGAAGGUAGCCGAUGGGUGGAAAGCUGUGGUGUCCCUGAACACCAUGGCGAUGAAUGAGAAGGAACAUGAAAUCUCACAGCUCCAGCAGAAGCUGAAAACACUUAGAGACCGAUUGUCGGACCUCGAGAAAACACGUCAGGGUAUGCUGGCUCCUGCUGCUUUUAGGGCUCCUGCUUCUGCUCCUCCUCCUGCUGCUCCUCCUGCUCCUCCUGCUCCUUCUGCUGCUCCUGCUCCUGCUGCUCCUGCUUCUGUCCCAUCGCCUGUAGAGUUGAGGAUGUCAUCACCACCGCUCAGUCACAAUAGCACAGAAAACUACUGUCACGUGCGGCAAAUGCAGCUGGAGAACAGCGUUAACGAUUUCCAGCGCACACUGGACAAUCUCAUGUGUCAUGUGAGCAAUCAAUUGUCAACGGUAGAUGCGUCUGCACAGGGCCAACAUCUCGGCAAAGGGGAUCUCUCAGCAACCUCUGCUCUUGAGCAUGUGGCCGGUGUCCUCCGCGCCAAUGCUUUGAAGAGACCGCCUGGCACUCUAGUGCAAGACUUGUUUCUUUGCAUGCAAAGGCAUCAUGACGGUGGUUUGUUUAGGAGGAAGGGUAUCAUAUCUCUAGAUCUGUUCCGGCGACAUCGUAGGGGUUGGGCCACGCUCCUUGCAGCAGCAAAGGACUGCGGAUCCAUCUGGUUUACGCCGAAACAAAUCAGCCGGAUAAAGCAGUGGUAUUCCGAGAUUGAACCAGUGGGAGCAUCAGCCUCUGCGAUAGGAAGAGCAUGAAGUGGAGGGCACUGCAGAAAGGUCCUCGCUUGGGUAGGACCUUAAGGAGGGGAAGAAGGAAGGAUUUUCACGAGCUUUUCUGAGAAGAUCUUGGGAGGGCGCUAUUUGGGGCUGAAUCGUCCUGCUUGCGGCAUGCAAGGAUUGUUGUUGACCGAUCUCGUCCGCAAUGAAGAAACAGAGAAUCAGGAUCAAGUAAGUGGUGGUUUUUGUUACGACUGGACUGUUCAAACUAUGCACAUCUUCGACACUGCAAAUUCAUGAAUGAGAGGCCAGUUGCUUGGCGGGCAUGACAGGAGGGAGGGGAGCUUAUCGCCGAAGGACUGAGGAGGUGUUCUGAGUAGUUCCUUGGACAUUGAUGGUUUUCUCACCCCUCUUCCUUGUUGCAUGGAACAAGCGUCUGCCUGUUUGACUUCAUACCUGGAGUUGCAGGUAGGGAAGACCUGUCAGGCCAACUCCAUUGUGCAAUUAUAUAUAUUAUAUAGACUAUAGUAUUAUAUCAGUCUGCACUCUGGAGUCGUUUUGCGCUGAAUGCAGUAAAAAAAGCACGCCCAAUGGAUAAAGUGGUGGUGGUAUGUGCAAUGGAGCAACAUAUUUGUGUCCGCAGAGUCUGCCUUGCGGACCCAAUGAGUUGUGAAUGGAUUGUCAGACCUGAGGCCAAGGUACAGUGCUGCAAGCAACAUGCCGUCACCACACUUCUGUGAGAAGGUGCUGUGACGACCACUGUCAUCCAGCACAGUCUAUGAUGGAAACAGCCAAGGUUUCCUAGUCGAGACACUUGGCGUAACAUCAUAACAAAACAAUUUAGCCACC